GGUCACUAAACUUGUUAGGGUGUAUCGACGUAAUUCAUUCUGGAGUUUAUUCAAGACACUGGAGGGGAAGGAAAGCAAUUUGAUGACAAGCACCAGUAGACUGACGGGAGGAGAUGUAUGCAGCAGUGUGCAUCAUGUCUUCAGUAACAGGCUAUGUGCUCACCUCUGCACUGCUGCUGAAAUAUCCAACUCUUUUGCACCGAAAGAAACGAGAGACUUUCGUCAGUAGGCACAUUUCUCAUCGUGGAGGAGCAGGUGAACACCUGGAAAACACCAUGACUGCUUUCAAGCAUGCUGUGGAUCUUGGCACAGACAUGCUGGAGUUGGACUGUCGCCUGACAAAAGAUGGACAAGUGGUGGUUUCACAUGAUGCAAACUUGCACAGGUCCACUGGCAUCAAUGCCUACAUCUCGGACAUGGCCUACACUGAGCUCCCUCCAUACCUGUGCAAACUAGGUGUAACUUUUCAGAGGGAGUGUGUCUGUGAGGGAGGCGAGGGCGAGCGCAUUCCUCUCCUGAAGGAUGUUUUCGACAUGUUUCCAAAUAUCCCUGUCAACAUUGACAUCAAGGACAACAAUGACAUGCUCAUCAAGAAGGUCUCUGAGCUGGUCCUUAAGUAUGACAGAGAACACUUGACUGUUUGGGGCAACAAAAGGAACCAGAUUGUUAAAAAGUGUUACAAAGAGAACCCUCGUAUUCCAGUGUUGUUCAGUUUUCCCAGAGUGUUGCAGCUGUUAUGCCUUUUCUACACUGGUCUUCUGCCCUUCAUUCCUCUCAAGGAGCAGUUUCUCGAGAUUCCCAUGCCCUCCAUUAUUACCAAAUUGAGAGAUCCAAACACAUUAAGUAAGACUGAGCGAUUUAUCAUCUGGAUUGCAGACAUUUUGCUAAUGAGGAAAGCACUGUUUCAUCAUCUAACUGCUCGUGGAAUACAGGUGUACAUCUGGGUGCUGAAUGAUGAGGAGGAUUUCCAAAGGGCUUUUGGCUUGGGAGCCACAGGAGUUAUGACAGAUUUUCCCACCAGGCUUAAAGACUUCAUGGACAGGAAUGCCAUUGCUAAAUCUUAAUGGCCUGCCAGAAUAGACUGUUGUUACAUUGUUUGGUGCAUGACUGAGUACUCUACAAGUCACUUGUAUAACACCACGGGGAGCAGAGCCUUUUAAUGUGGGCAUGGCAUCCUCCGUGUAAAUACACAGACGUGACUGAAUCUUUGGAUAACACUGACAAAUGCCUGUAACUUGUCCAAAGGAGCGUGGACAAAGUUCCUUAAAUGUAUCCCAGAUGUGACAAUCAGAACAAUGACAAUAGUUAAUAGGUAACAUUGGCACUGUCAGCUGUAAUCCUGUACAUAAUGUGUGUACAUUUUUUGUCACAUCUUUAUUCAUCAAAAUCAUUCACUAUUACAACAGUAAAAAUAGUUUGUGUUAAAUAACAUUUAUUGAUUCAGAUGUGCUUCACACAAAUUAUAGCUGUGUUUGGGGAGAAAAGCCGGAAAAACAGUGGACUUUUCCAUCAGGAAGUGUUGUCAGGCAGUUGGCAGAAUGCAUUGUACUAUCAAAACGCAACGUUCCAUUCAUUCAUCAAAAACAUUCAAGUGUACUGCUCCAUCUUUUUCAAGCGUUUAGAAACAGUAUAACGUGCACUGCAAGUCACGGCACUUCUGGCCGAGGACGCAGUUUACUUUAGUUUUCGGGCAGGUUGCCAAAGCCAGAUUGGGCCGUUUCAUACUGUUUUAGGACUUUUUUGGAUUGUGGGUGAUUGUAGUAGAACAGCGCCCCGAGGAAUAAGCUGCAAGAGCCAUUCAUCAUACGCGUUUUGGAUGAAGAGGCACUUAACGCUCCCCAUGCAGACAGUAGAGGUACGAGCUCACAUUUAGUUAUACACUACUGAGCAUGCGCAUUGAGAAUGUAACAACUGUGUCACAGACUGAAAUGAC